AUGAUGGGUUUAGAAAUGGAGGAAUUUGUGAUAAAUAGGAAGGUUAAUCCAAUUGGUGAGAUAGGAUACCCAAGUUCAAAUUUCCGUCAGAAUAUUUUUGAGAUUUUGGUAUUAGAGAUGUUAAAUAACACGGACCUUAACUUAUGUUGCACAGGGAUUCAGUUAUUGUCAGAAGUACCAACAAUUGCUUCAAAAAGUCCUCAGAUUCUAAAUGCACUUUUCUUGUUCCUGAUUGGCCCAGACGAUGAACUGUCAUAUCUCUCUGCGCUUUCAUUGUCUAAAAUUUUACCACUUUUGCCAGAGCAGGUUUCACUGAACUUCGUUAAGGCUUGUUACAGUAACGCAAUUAAAAGUGGCCACAACGUUCAAAGAAUCAAGAAUUUUACACUUUUAAUACUCUCAUCUAAACAGCUCAAAAACAUAUCAACAUAUUUAUACAGAAUGGUUUGGGCUGUGAUAAUAUCCCUUGAUUCUCAUACUAAACUUAGUUACCAAGCCAAGGCUAUACUAACUGAGCAGAAAAUAGCACUGAUUUUAUCGUCAACUCUCGUAUCUAUAGAGUCUCAAACUAACUUAAAAAGACAUAGAGAAAGACUUGAAGGACUACUACACCAAAACCUUAACUUCUUAACACUCAACCCAAAGUCAGACGUACCCAAUUUUGAGAAUAAUCGCAUUAACCUACUGUUUAUUAGAGGCUUGAUUUAUGGUCUUUUCCUUGUGUAUUUCUCAUCAGAAGUGGAUAAGCCACUAAUUGACAAGAUGGCAGAUUUGACCAAUAUUACAAUAAAUAACACACUAAACCCUCAUAAGUAUGUAAACAUCGAUAAGUUGACUGAUGGGAUUGAUCCACUGUUGAAUAAAAAGGAAUACUUCUUCUCAUUCAUAUACUAUGGAACUUGUGUUAAACUGCUUGAAUUCUUUGUGAAAACAGGAAAUAGUUCAGUUUUCACCCAAUUUUUAGACUGCCUAAAGGAGUCUCUAAAGUACAGUUCCGGAAACGUAAAUAUAAUUUUUGUAGCUAAAAAGUGUUUAAAAUACCUUCAAAAUCCUUGUACCAUUUUAAUUACGCUAUUCACUCUAAUUGAACAACAUAUAAGUGGACUAGAGUCUGUAUCUAGAAUUAAAAUAUUACUUGCACUGCUGGAAAUUAUUGAGUACUCGUUUUUAACAGAUAAGGAAAACUUCGCUCAAUUUCUUUCUAAAUAUAAUGAAACAAUUUCAAACAAAAGCCUAAAACUUAUAAUGAGGCCAUUGUUACAGAUACAGAAUGUUAAUUAUGAGUCUAUUUUAUCUGAACAUGAUAUUCUGGUACACCACCUAUACAGUGCAGUAAAUAAUGAAACUUUGUCUGAGACUUUCAAAACUAGACCAAUUGUGGUUGAUUUUUUUACUGGAAAAUCAUAUGUGGGAGAUGGUAAUUUGACAGUUGUGAUUACAAAGCCAAAGUUCAGUUGGGGGUCAGAAUAUUCGAAAAUACUCAAAAAACAAAUUAUUCUAAACUUUAUUGAGAAUGAAAAAAGAGUUGAGUGUUGUGAUAUUUAUAGUAAUCUAUACAAGGUUGGAAAUCUCUGUUUGAGGCUUGGGUUCUACAAUGAGGCCUCUUCAAUAUUCUCGAGAAUCUCCUUUGUCUCUGAAGAUAACUAUUACUGGCUCAGAAUACUAUAUAAUUUUUCAAACACCUGUAAUAUUAACGGAGUUAAGAAAUCUGAAGACUUAUCUUCCUAUUUCACAAAGUACAUUUCCUCAGUAAAAAAUGUGCUGGGUCUGUUUAAAUUAAUGAAAACCACAAACAUACUUAAAUCACAGAAACAAGUCACCAAGUGUUGGGACUAUAACCUCAAUUAUCAUCUUCCAAACUCCGUUUUACACACUUUUGUAACUUUAAUUGUUUGUACUAAAUUAGGAAUUGCAGAUCUCAUAACAUGUCUUAAAGACAAAAAUUGUAUCUACACACACUAG